AUGUUGCAGAAACCAGAGAGCGGGGGACUCCCUAUCCCUCAGGCCGAGGGGGAGAUGGAUGGUGGCCACGACAGUGAGACCCAGGCCCUGACCUUCUCGCAGGAGAUGGCCCUGAGCCCCCUCCUGCAAGAGAGCCCCGAGGAGGACCUUGGCGCUGUAAGGGAGGAGGGGGCUGCGGAGCCCUCCCUUACCCUGAAAGGUGCGAGGGCUUUGGCAGCCAAAACCUUGUCCCGGCGCAGGGCCUGCCUCCGUCUGGAUCAGAUGGUGGCCGAGUUGGUGCAGUUUCUGCUGGUGAAGGACAGGAAGAAGAGUCCCAUCACCCUCUCCGAGAUGGUGAAAUACAUUAUCAGAGACUUAAAUGAUCUGUUCCCUGAGGUCAUCGCAAGGGCCGCAGAGCAUCUGCGGUAUGUCUUUGGUUUCAAGCUGAAACAGCUUGACCGCAAGCACAACACUAACAUCCUGAUCAACAAACUAAAACCUCUUGAGGAGGAGGAGGAGGAUCUGGGAGGAGAUGGCCCCAGACUGGGUCUUUUAAUGAUGAUGUUGGGCUUUAUCUACAUGAAAGGUAAUAGCGCCAGGGAGGCACAGGUUUGGGAGAUGCUGCGUCGGUUGGAGGUGCGUCCCUCAAAGUAUCACUUCCUCUUUGGGUACCCGAGGAGGCUUAUUAUGGAAGAUUUCGUGCAGCUGAGAUACCUCAAUUACCGGCGUGUUUCUCACACCAGUCCACCGGCAUGUGAAUUCUCUUGGGGUCCCCGAAGCGACCUGGAAACCAGCAAGAUGAAAGUCCUGGGGUUCGUGGCCAAGCUCCAUAAGAAAGAACCCCAACACUGGCCAGUGCAGUACCUGGCCAGUGAGGCCUUGGCAGACGAGGCUGACAGGGGCAGUGUGAGGGCUAGGGCCAGGGCUAAUGCUAAUGCUGGGGCCGGCAUCCACCCCUGGUGA